ACAACAGCUGCUCCAACAACGACAACAGCUGCUCCAACAACAACAACAGCUGCUCCAACAACGACAGCAGCUGCAGCAACCACAACAACAAGUGCUCCAACCACAACAACGGUGGCACCAACAACGACCACAGCUGCUCCAACCACAAUAACAUCUGCUCCAACCACAACCACUGUGGCACCAACCACGAACACAGUUGCUCCACCCACAACAACUGCUGCUCCAACAGAGACAACAACUGCACCAACCACAACAACAACUGCUACAACCACAACCACUGCAGCACCAACCACAACAACAGCUGCUCCAACAACGACAGCAGCUGCACCAACCACAACAACAACUGCUCCAACCGCAACAACGGUGGCACCAACCACAACAACUGCUGCUCCAACAACGACAACAGCUGCACCAACCACAACAACAUCUGCUCCAACCACAUCCACAACUGCUCCAACCACAACCACUGCUGCACCAACCACAACAACAGUAGCACCAACCACAACCACAGCUGCUCCAACAACGACAACAGCUGCACCAACCACAACGACAUCUGCACCAACCACAUCCACAACUGCUCCAACCACAACCACAGCUGCACCAACCACAACAACAGUAGCACCAACCACAACAACUGCUGCUCCAACAAUGACAACAACUGCUCCAACCACAACCACUGUGACACCAACAGCAACAACUGCUACUCCAACAACGACAACAGCUGCACCAACCACAACAACUGCUUCUCCAACAACGACAACAACUGCACCAACCACAACAACUGCAGGUCCAACCACAACCACAGCUGCACCAACCACAACCACAGCUUCUCAAACCACAACACCUGUUGCACCAACCACAACAACUGCUUCUCCAACAACGACAAAAACUUCACCAACCACAACAACAGCUGCUCCAACCACAAGCACAGCUGCCGCAACCACAACAACAGUAGCACUAACCACAACAACUGCUGCUCCAACCACAACAACAACUGCUCCAACCACAAUCGCUGUGAUUAUAACCACAACAACAUCUGCUCCAACCACAACCACUGUGGCACCAACAGCAACAACAGCUGCUCCAACAACGACAACAGCUGCACCAACCACAACAACAACUUCUCCAACCACAACAGCGGUGGCACCAACCACAACAAAAGUCGUAGCAACAGCAACAACUGCUGCUCCAACAACAACAACAGCUGCUCCAAACACAACAACAGCUGCUGCAACCACAAUCACUGCGGCACCAACCACAUCCACAGCUGCUCCAACCAAAACAACAGCUGCUCCAACUACAACCACAUCUGCACCAACCACAACAAAUGCUGCACCAACCACAACAACAACUGCUCCAAUCAUAACAACGGUGGCACCAACCACAACAACAGUAGCAGCAACAACAACAACUGCUGCUCCAACAACAACAACAGCUGCUCCAACCACAACAACAGCUGCUGCAACCACAAUCACUGCUGCUCCAACCACAUCCACAGCUGCUCCAACCACGACAACUGCUGCUACAACUACAACCACUGUGGCACCAACCACGACAAAUGCUGCUCCAACAACGACAGCAGCUGCACCAACCAAAACAACAGCUGCUCCAACUACAACCACAACUGCACCAACCACACCAACAAUAACACCAACCACAACAACUGCUGCUCCAACCACAACAACAGCUGCUGCAACCACAACCACAGCUGCUCCAACCAUAAGAACAGCUGCUGCAACCACAACCACUGUGUCACCAACCACAACAACAGCUGCUCCAACCACAACCACAGCUGCCCCAACGACAACCACAUCUGCUCCAAACACAACCGCUGUGACAACAACCACAACAACAUCUGCUCCAACCACAACCACUGUGGCACCAACCACAUCAACAGUAGCAUCAACAACAACAACAUCUGCUCCAACAACAACAACAGCUGCUCCAACCACAACCACAGCUGCACCAACCACAACAACAGUAGCAGCAACAACCACAACAACUGCUCCAACGACAAUUGCUGUGAUAACAACCACAACGACAUCUGCUCCAAUCACAACCACUGUGGCACCAACAGCAACAACAGCUGCUCCAACUACCACAACAGCUGCACCAACCACAACAACAACUGCUCCAACCACAACAACAGCUGCUCCAACCACAACAACAGUUGCUCCAACAACGACAACAGCUGCUGCAACCACAACCACCUCGGCACCAACCACAACAACAGCUGCUUCAACCACAACCACAGCUGCCCCAACAAUAAGUCCAGAUGCUCCAACAACAUCAACAGCCUCACCAACCAUAACCAUCAUCAACAACAACAACAGCUACUCCAAAUCCAAGCACUGCGUCACCAACCACAACAACAGCUGCGACAACAACCACUUCCGCAACAACCACUACAAUGUCUUCAACGACAAAAUCAUCCACGACGACAACAGCUGUGACAAAGACCACUUCUGCAACAACCACUACAAUUUCUUCAACAACUAA